GAGGGAUUAUUAGAAUGAAACACCAUUUGACAGGGACCUCCAAAGAUGCGUCUCCUUGUGUUGGAGGGCCAAACAAACCUUUGCCUCCAUUUGUGCGUCAACAAUGUUUAGAUAUGUUUCAUGCUUUACGUCAAAAGAGAAUACAAAAAGAAAUUGAAGAUGCAUAUGUAGGCUAUAAUGUGCCUUUGGAAGAUGAAGAAGAAGAUGAAGAAGCUUAUGAAUGUGAUGAUGAAGACGAUAGCAGUCUAAGAACAGAUUUCAAGACCUCAAGAGGUAGAGAUCGUAGAGGAAAAGGGAUUAUGUAUGAAGGAGCUCGAUCUGGCAUAACGGGAAGGAAGAGAAGAGGCACAACAGAUAUUAGUGCCAGGCGUGGUAUGCGACCACAUAGUGGUAGAGUUCCUACUGGUAGGUCUAGUGUUGGCUCUAUUAAGAGUUUUUUCCCAUCAUAUAUAAGCCCAUGUGGUCAGCCGCAGAUUCGUGCUGCUAUGACAUCUAAAGAUAUGCUAUAUCAUGCACAAAAGCAGGUAGGGAAAUAGUUUUAUGAUGCAUGUAUUCCAUUUAAUGCAGCUAAUUCUUGUCAAUUCCAAGCCAUGGCAGAUGCAAUUGCUUCUAUAGGCCCCGAAUUCAAAAUGUCAUCAUAUCAUCAGUUGAAGGGCAAAAUUCUUCAGGAUACAGUCAAAGAAGUGUCUGAGCAUUGCGAUGAGUUGAAAUUAUGUUGGAAGGAAACAUGUUGCUCCAUUAUGUCAGAUGGUUGGACUGAUACAAGGUCAAGAACACUUGUAAAUUUUCUUGUUUAUUGCCCUAAAGGUACAAUGUUCUUGAAAUCUCUUGACUUGUCUGAUGUUCCUAAGACUGCUGAGAUUUUAUUCAAUGUUUUUGAUAAUGUCGUACAAGAAGUUGGGCCUGCAAACAUUGUACAGUUUAUUACAGAUAAUGUUGCACAUUAUAGAGCUGCAGGAGAUUUGUUAUUUCAAAAGUAUAUAACAUUUUAUUGGAGUCCAUGUGUCACUCAUUGUGUUAAUCUAAUGCUUCAAGAUCUUAAUGAGAUGCAUGAUAUGAAAUCAGCCAUUGACCAAUGUCAAGAGGUAACAAAAUUUAUCUAUAAUCUUGCAUAUGUAUUGAGUUUGAUGAGAAAAUUUACAAAAGGAGUUGAAUUAAUACGACCUGCACAAACUAGAUUUGCCACAUAUGUAUUGACUGUGCAGAUUGUGGUGAAACAAAGAACUCCUUUGAGGCAGAUGUUUGCUAGUGAAGAAUGGGCUGCAUAUCUACAUGCUCAUAAAAGAAAUGCUUCUUUAGUUGUGGAUAUUAUAUUCAAUAACGUAUUUUGGGAAUCAUGUGUGAAGCUAUUGAAGGUUUGUGUUCCAUUAGUUAAGGUUUUCAGGUUGGCUGACAGCGAGGAUAGACCUUCCAUAGAGUACUUAUAUGAGGCUAUGGACAAAGCAAAAGAGGCAAUUCGAGACAACUUAAAAAAAAAAAAAAAAAGUUAUAUAUACUCAUAUGGAAGAUUAUAGAUAAAAGGUGGACUGGACAGCUUCAUCAACUUCUUCAUGCAACAACUUAUUAUCUAAAUCCUGCAAUUAGAUUUUCUCCUACAUUUAAGAAGGACAGAGAAGUCAUGCAUGGUUUGUUAGAUUGUAUUAAUGUGUUAGUGGAAGAUUCUAUAGAACAAGAUGUUGUGCACAAUGAGUUGGAUCUAUAUGAUAGUUGUUUUCGGAACAUGGGACUACAUGCCGCCGUUCGAGCCAGGACAACGAUGCGUCCAGGUAAAUACAUAGAAAUUUUUAAUUUACUUUGCAUUUGUUACAUUUGAUUCUUUUAAAACUUUCACAUUGAUUUGUUAUAUUUUUGUUUAGAUUUGUGGUGGAAUAGGUAUGGGUUUGAUUGUCCAAACCUAGCACGUUUUGCAGUCAAAGUCCUCAGUCAGACAUGCAAUGCUAGUGGAUGCGAAAGGAACUGGAGUGUGUUCCAACAUAUCCAUAGCAAAAAAAGGAAUAGGCUCGAACAUAAAAGGUUGAAUGACCUUGUCUUUGUUCGAUAUAAUAUGAGGUUGAAACAAAGAGAAUUAGAAAAAUCAUUAGCAAGGAAGCACACAUCUCAGUUCGAUCCAAUCAGCUUGGAAAAUUUUAACAAUCUAGAGCCAUGGAUUGAAGAAGAACCAACUACAAUAUUUGAUAAUGAAGAUCUUGAAUGCUUCAACCUUGAAGCUGAAGCAACAUAAUGCUUUGUUGAUGAAGGAGAGUUUGCUACUGCUGGUGCUGGUGCUGAAUAUGUUGGUGAAGAUCUUCCAAUUCUUGACGAUGAAGAUGAAGAAGAAGAAGAUGAAGAUGAUGAAGAUUAUGAAUGAUGAAUCAUGAAUGAGAGUCAAGUCAAGAGUGCUUUCAUUUUAUAUGUAUCAAAAACUUAAGAGUUAUGAAUCUAUGGUUGUUGAACACUUGAUUGAAUGUUUUAUGACUUUAUCACUUUAUGGCUUAUGGCCUUAUGCUUUAUUGAAUGAUAUUGUUAUGAAUUUUGAUGUUUAUGAAUGAUGAACGCAUAAGUUUAUAGCAAUAAUAAGUCUAUCAUUAUCUCAAACAUGUUUUCUAUGAACAAUUUAUUAUUUUUAAUUUUUUUUUAUUUUUUAUGAAUUUUCCGAUUUUUUUAAAAAAAAUUCUGAUUUAUUAAUAAUUUUUUUAAAAAAAUUACGAUACUGUUACGAUACGUUAAGAUACGGCGUAUCUUAAAACCCGGCCAAUACGGCUUAUGAUACGCGUUUUACAACAUUGGUUUAGGCUACCAUCGAAGUCCUAGGUAGAAAGCUGAGUGCACUAUUAACUAUAAGUUCUAGAAGCCCAUCCAAGUUUUCAGUACAUGUGAUUCCCAAUUCUACGAAAAAGAUGAAACCUAAACGUAGGUAUGGUAACCCAUACAAAGACUACAAGUGCUGAGAAACAUCUCAUGAAAAUGCAGCAUCUUGAACCAUACUGACCAUGAAUAGUCCUUAAAAUGGUAGAUUUCAUAAUCUCUUUGGUUAUAUUCAGGAUGGACUUAGAUCUUACAAACAUACAUGUUCAUCAACUUUCAGAGACAUACUUGACAUAAACAUUUCGACCUAUCCUAGGUCAACCCAUCCUUGUAGGAAGGGUUCCAGGAUCUCCUUACCUUGUGUUUUACAACCACCUCUCUGAAAGUUCUAGUGAUUCGCCUCAAUAGAAACCCCAAACCACCUAAUGGUCGUUCCAGUCUAGAUAACGGGAUGUCCCAAGUGUGGUAAUAAUCACUUCUUUAAGCUUUUAACACAGCAUAAAAUAGAACAUCUUGAAGGAAUUUGGUAUUCUAUAGUGCGCUUGUGAACCUCCUUCAACAUUUUUGAAAGGAUCGUUUUCAGAGUUCAUGCUUACUGUGCACUUUCAGUGACUAUGCUCAUGCAAGAAAGAUUGGGACCAAUGACUCGUCCCCUUGAUAAAGGCCAGAGAUCUUUCCUUCCACUUUCAGUGACUAUGCUCAUGCAAGAAAGAUUGGGUCCAAUGACUCGUCCCCUUGAUAAAGGCCAGAAAGAUCUUUCCUUACACUAUGUCUGAAUUGCUUCACUGGAACAUUGUCAGUUUCAAGCUAAAAGAUCUGUUCGUCAUAGUUCUUUUGUAGUUAGAACUCACAAGUAUUUAGUUAUA